UUAUUUUAUCAUUUUUCUAAUUCCUUGCUUCAAAUUUUCUGUCUUCUAUCUAAAAAUAUUUAAUGGGUCUCUAGAUUUCAUCAAGAACUCAUCUGGGUAUCUCUUAAAACAUCAAAAAAUGAAAGAUUUCCCAUCUUGUUUUGGUGAAAAUGGAGUACAAGUUGCUGAUGCAUCAUGUACAAGUGCUUCUUCAAUAUCAAGUGCAGCAGCAUCUAUAUCUAACAAUGUAAGUAAAGCUAGAGCUUCUCAAAAUAUGGUUACAUGUGUUUACCAAUGUAAGUUACUUGGUAAAUCUAGAUUAAUAAUUAUUAAUUGGAGUAAAAGUUUAGUUGGACAUUGUUUUAGUGUUGAGAUUGAAGAUUUGUCACGUAAAUGUCUUAAUAGAAUUGAUGUUAAGCCUUCUCUUUUUACAAAAAGAAGAGGUUUAAAGUCAUUACAAGUUGAUUUUGUUACACUUGAUGUGUAUUGGGAUCUUACUAAUGCGAAAUUCGGGUCUAGCCCGGAGCCCGUUGAGGGAUACUAUUUGGGCCUUGGUUACAAAGGUGAAAUGAUUUUGUUACUUGGUGAUUUAAGAAAGGAAAUGUUGAAGAAAACUAAGCAUUUGUCGAAUUCUUUGAGGAUAUUGAAAAGGGAACAUGUUUUUGGGAAGAAGUUUUAUGUUACUAAAGCCCAGUUUAAAGAUAAUGGGCCGGUUCAUGAUUUAAGGAUCGAAUGUGAUACAUUCGGGCUAGAUGACCCAAAACUUGUGGUUCGGAUGGAUAGUAAGAUAGUUAUGCAAGUUAAGAAUUUGGUAUGGAAGUUUAGAGGGAAUUUCACCAUUUCAGUUGAUGGGCUUCCUGUGGAAGUAUAUUGGGACGUGCACGAGUGGUUGUUUGGAUCAACGACGUCAAGCGCGUUCUUCAUGUUUCAAACGUGUCCGGGGUAUGGAAAGAGUGGUGCAUUCGCUGAUCGGUCUAUAGUUCCAUGGUCUUAUUCGCAGGGUUCUAAUUUUUGUUUGACACUUUAUGCUUGGAGGAAUGACUAGAAGAUUGCAAAGGUUGAUUUUCUUUUUGGCAAUUGCUAACUUUGUUUACAUUUGUGAAAACUUCCGUGAAGUGCAUUCAAUCCUUUGUUUCCGGGAUUGAAUCUGAACUUUUUGUCCAAGAUACAUAAACCUUUACCAAUUGGGCUAACUCCAUACUUGUUUUCGGGUUUAUGUUAAGUUUAUACGGCCCAAGCUAUAUAAUCAAUGCAUUUUACUGUUUAUAUUUAA